GGAUGGUCUGGCUGAGCAGAGGAGGGUUCAAUUCUUGUUGCCGAUAGUAAACUCUGUAACCUUUUCCUUCUUCUCAGUGUUUGUAGCCGGUCCGGUCCUUCACUCUGCUAGUCCUUGUCGGCAGAAACAUCGGUAAAGCCUUCGGAGCAAGCCUCGGCUGGUAGACAAAGCAGGCAAUUACAGCCAAUUCCUUUUAACGGCUAACGAUGCAGAAACUGAACUCGAAAACACUUGCGAGGAUAUCCGGCAGGCAGGCGUCAAACAUUUACAGUCGCUAUGUCCGAUGCAUCAGUAGCUCGAGCAGUGCACUCAAGCCAAGACCAACAAACAUCUCCAGGGCGGCAGCCAUCAACGAGCAUAUCAAGCCAAAGAGCCCUUCGUUGUCGCAGAUGUCGUUUCCGUGUCUCGAGAAACUAGAACAACGCACGAAGAACCUCGAGGAAAACUUGGAAAACGGUCCUGAACCGGCGUACUCCAAGAUUACACGUGAGAACGUGGAAAUCUACAAGUCUCACGAACCGCUCUUCCUCGAUUACGGUGGCUACCUUCCGCAAUACGAGGUGGCGUACGAGACAUGGGGUACAUUGAACAGCGACAAAUCGAAUGCAAUCCUACUACACACUGGUUUGUCGGCAUCUUCACACGCUCAUUCGACAGAGAAAAAUCCGAAAAAAGGAUGGUGGGAAGGGUUUAUCGGUCCGGGCAAGUACUUGGACACAGACAAGUACUUCGUUGUGUGUACCAAUGUUCUUGGAGGGUGUUUUGGUUCCACCGGCCCACAAUCGAUUGAUCCUAUACGGGGGGAACCUUACGCUACCCGGUUCCCGAUCCUAUCCGUCAACGAUAUGGUGCGUGCGCAGCAUGAAUUGAUAGUCAACCAAUUUGGCAUCAGGAAGUUACACGCAUCGAUGGGCUCCUCAAUGGGAGGAAUGCAAUGUUUGGCCUACGCCCACGAAUUUACAGACGAAGUCAACAAGAUCAUUAGCAUAUCGGGAUGCGCUAGAUCCCACCCAUACUCAAUCGCAAUGAGGCAUUGUCAGCGACAGGUAUUGAUGACAGACCCCAACUGGAAUAAAGGGCAUUAUUACGGCCAACUGCCACCACACACGGGAAUGAAACUAGCCCGUGAAAUCGCUACAAUUACUUACAGGAGUGGUCCUGAGUGGGAACAGAGAUUUGGAGUUGAACGUGCUGAUCCAUCGCAAAAGCCAGCUCUCUGCCCCGACUUCUUAAUUGAAACUUACCUCGAUCAUGCAGGAGAAAAAUGGUGUCUGGAGUUCGAUCCAAACAGUUUUCUUUACAUCUCUAAGGGAAUGGAUCUGUUUGAUCUGGGUGAGAGAAAUAGAACGAAGGCCUCAAAAUCAAGAUACCAAUCUGAAAACAUCUAUUUCGGAGAGGUGGUAUCCGAGACAGACUUAGAGUACAAGUCCAACGCCUCAUGUGGUUUUGUCGAACCAAUCAAAACCAAAAGAUCUAGAAGAUUUACCGCAGAAGAGGCAGAAGAAGAUUUGCUCAGGGGUUUGGCCAAAUUUGCACACAAAGAUGUCUUGGUGAUCGGAGUAGAGAGCGAUAUUCUCUUCCCUGCUUGGCAACAGAGAGAAGUUGCCAACAUGCUAUCAAAGGGCAGCAAAUUGAAAGGUGGCGAUGGGAGUAACAUCAAACAUGUAGAAUUGAGUGAAACUGACAGUUUCUACGGCCAUGACACAUUUUUGCUAGCUAUGGACCAUAUCGGUAAGCCAGUGAGCGAGUUCUUGAAUAUCGAUUGAUUUACUCUGGACUUGUGGAAAUAACUUUUCAGUUGUAAUUUUAUAUUUACUUUUAGGCUAAUAAUCUAUGUGCGAGGAACGCAACU